UCAAAUUGCACUCUCCGUAGCAGCGCUUUUUUGGGGAACGCGGUAUUGAGCGUAUUGGAUGGAGAUUGUGAGACCCGACGGACGGAGUCCGAAUCAACUAAGGCGACUUGCGUGCUCUCGUUCCGUGGUGCAUCGCGCACAUGGCUCAGCCAGUUGGACUCAAGGAGACACCAAAGUUCUAGCCGCGGUUUAUGGUCCAAAAUCUGGAACCAAGAAGAAUGAAAACCCUGAAAAAGCUUCCAUCGAAGUUAUUUGGAAGCCUAACACAGGACACAUUGGAAAAGUGGAGAAGGAAUAUGAGAUGAUAUUGAAGAGAACUUUGGAAAGCAUUUGCAUUCGAACCAUAUAUCCCAACACAACCACUUCGGUUAUCGUCCAGGUUGUCCACAAUGAUGGUGCUCUUCUUCCAUGUGCAAUAAAUGCAGCAUGCGCUGCACUCGUGGAUGCUGGAAUUCCCCUAAAACAUCUUGCUGUUGCAAUAUGUUGUUCUGUAACAGAUAGUGGCUGUAUCAUAUUGGACCCGACUAAAAAUGAAGAGGAGAAAAUGAAAGCAUUUGCCUAUUUAGUUUUUCCCAAUGCAAUUGUUUCAGUCCUACCAGAGCGAUCAUUGCAGGUGGGCAGUGAACCCUUGUCACAUGGAAUCAUAACAUCUGUUACGCAGGGUGCUAUGUCAGUGGAUGAUUAUCUUCACUGCCUAGAACGAGGGCGUGCUACUACUGUAAGGUUGUCUGAAUUUUUGAGGAAGAACAUAGAGCCUAAAUCUACGAGCGGGACUUCUAAAGCAGGGUGAUUUCCAAUCAUCUAAAGCUAAUAUGUCUCAUUUCAUAAACAGCUUGUACCAUUGUGACUAUGAUUAUGAUAUUUUUUAGUUGUUUUCAGUGUGAUCUGCGGGAUUUGUAGCAAUAGCAGUGCUCUUCUACUUAUGCCAUCAUAAAUUCUGAAUUCUUUAAUU